UACGUUAAAAACCCUCAAUUUUACAUAUGCAUAACUUUAAAACCUUUGGAUUUCUAAAGUUAAUACUUGCAUUUUUUGAUUCUAUGCGUUGAAAAAAGGCAAUAAUUUUAUUUCCAUUAAAUCGAAAUUCAGCCAGUAUUGCUAUAUAGUGGCCGCAAAAUAAAAAUCGGAAAAGAGAUUUCACUGAAGAUAGAAGUAAACAGAAUGAAGAAAAAGUUAGGCGACAUAAUCAAUAGCACAAUGCAGAGAAAGAGCAUUUGCGAGAAAGAAAAGGUCAUUGGGUCAUACACAUUUAAGAGAUUAAGGGUAAAGAGCAUGGACCAGAGAGUCUAAUCACAGAUACUAUUGACACAACAGGUCAUUCACAGAUAAAAGUCUGUAUUAAGAAAGAUUAAGAGAACAGUCCCAAAAAAGAAAAGAAAGAGAUAUGUCUAGAAAAUAGAGGGUACUUUCAUCACAUUAUAUCAACCAGAUUUGUUUCUGUUUAUUAUUAACAUUUUCUUCCUAUAAUUGGUUGGAUUUCUCCUUGGUUUCAAUUAGAAUGCAGGCUUUGCAGGAACUAGAUAUAUGAUGGGUUUAAUUAUUAAGACCAUUACGACCAUUUUCACCACAAUUUAUUUUGCCAGAUAUGUAUAGAUUAUGUCCGCCUCCAAAUGCUAGAUUUAGGCCAAUAUAUUAAUGGAAGAUGUAUGAUGAAUGGAGAAUUAAUGUUUUAUUGUACAAUACAUGAACGUAUAGUAUUUGCUGCAUCAAAUAUUAGACAUUGUACAAAGAUUAAACAUUCUUCAAAAUAUCAUAGUGAAGUAGAUAAUGUUUAAUUCAAGAUACUGUUAUGAAUAUAUGAGGUUUGAAGCAUUCUGGUGUUCAAAGUUCGUUGCGUGUUUUCGAAAUUAUGGAGAACAGAAUGACGGAAUUUGAGGAAAACGUGUCCUUCGAUAUCGAUGACCCGGACUUUGCACCGACGAAUCCUCCUACUAUUCCUCAUACUGUUCUUCACAGCGUACAAUUCACCGAUAUUACAUUCGGCGUUAAUAAAUUUGUAACGCAUCAAAAUAACAUGUCUGUAACCACAUCCGUGCAACCAGCUACUGAGAGUCUUUCUCGCCACGGAAGCAAUAUCUCUUUAUCCUGCCAUAGUUCAUGCGGGAGCGUCGACGAUGGCCUCCAAGGAUCUCAUCCUCAGUAUCAGGACACGAUCCUUACUAUUGAGGAACUUCGUGCUCAACUAAACUCCUGCUUCACAUGUGGGGUUUCGUGGAGCGAAGAACAUGUCUCUCUAGACUGCAGCGAAUGCGGUGGCUAUUCCCUUCAGCGGCCGUGUCCACUUUGUGACGGACGUUGUCGCACCUCGUGGAAACGCGACCUUACUAUGUCGCACGCCAGUGGUAAAGCAAGAUGGAUUGGUGAAUGUGGAUUAAGUUGCGGUCCUUCCAUCGAGGAGCCACUGGUGCCCGCGUUGGAAAAACUACGAGCCACAUCGUGAACGAUGUUCAACAGCAAAUGCAUAGAGAGACAUCGUCGUGUACCGUCAACCAUGCACAAGACUUAAUCCAUCACCAUCCAUAUAGCGUCACCCCACCACCAUUGUGCGAGUCGGAAAUGUGUGAAUGUGGAUUUUGGAUGUAUAAUUGAUACAUUAUGUUCCUGAGGAGCGAGAACGGAACGGACAACAUCGAACAAUGAAACCCGUUCUUCUUCCAUGGCUUCAUGUUUGAUGAUGCAUUACCAUGAACGGUCGAUUAGCGAAGAAUCUUCUGAGAGCUUAAGCAAAGGUCACCAUCUUCAUCGUCAUCGUCAAUUCAAGAGUCAUUUGGGUUUAAAAAGGCGAAGAACUACUGCGUGGAAUUUUCGCUGCUGACGAUUGCUUCUUGAUAGAUCAAGAAAUAUGAUACAAUACCACGUUUGAUCUCUUUGUAUUACCAGAAAUUUUGUUAAAAAUUAGUUAAAAUGAUUUCGCCUCUCAGAAACAAUUGACCAGCAAAUUGAUACAGCUGUGUGCUUUUGGAAGAAUUAAUCAGGGCUGUAAUUACAUUUCGUUAAUAGUGGUCGGUUAGCGGAUAUCCUCGUUAAUCGAUAAAUAUUGGUGCAACGUUGUUUGAAUUCAGUACAUAAGUUUUUAUAUAUCUUUCACUACAAUGAAACGCUGCUAUAUUUUGGCAAAAGUAGCGAGAAAAUACUUAUCCAAAAUGGUAGUAGAGCGUGAAUAAGUAGUUCCAAAAUGCGCGCGCAUGCGUGUAUAUCACGGUUUUACGGAUCUGCAAUAAGUAUUUUCACGCUUAGUUUGUGACAAAAAACUAUAAUUUAGACUUUUCUUUAUUAGCUACUGUAAAUUUGGUCUCGAAAACACACAACUUUCGAGGUUUAAGUACCAUUUUACGAGAUUAUAAAGCAAAAUGAAUUUCUGUUAUUAGAUCAAUUUGUAAAAAGAUAGUAUCUUGGAUCAGUGUAGUUUAAAAGAUAUGAAACGAGAAGGUUAAUAUCUGAAAGAAUGGCAUAUGUAUUUAUUAUUAGAUUUACGGAAUCAAAAUUAGGAAUUAAAUUUUAAUUGAAAGCUGGGUAAACUAUAUCUUUUUCGAAAAUAACAUACAUUAUAUUCAAAUAAUUACUUGAUAAUUAAGAGGAACUUGCAAUAUAACGCGCAAGAAGAGUUUAUCUAAAAUUUGAAGACGUAUUAACUUCAGAAAAAAUUAAUUAACCUAAUCCAUAACCUCACAUCAAUCUAACAUCAUAGACCUAUACCAUUAAAUUAUAAAUGGAAGCUUUCUAUUGUAUACGAUGGAAAUACGUAUAGAGUGAUAAAAGAUUGAUUUCAUAGAGAUAUAGAAACUUCUGUAUAUUAUACUAAAUAUAAUACGUCUUCAUUUGCGAUUGCACUCUUAAAUGUUGGUGCUAAGUGCCAAGAAACACAAAAAUUAACCUAAGAAGCAGAACUGCGAAAAAAUCAAUCAGUAUAGAAAGCUAGCAAACGUGAAUUAAACUUCUUUUUAUGAGUUAAAAAUAUACCGCGUUUCCAAUGGAAAAAAUUUCCAACUUUAAAUAACCGUAUGUACAACAAUUUUAUUGUAAAAUACGAUUUUAGAUUUGUCAAGUUGAAAGUAGCUAAAUAAUACGUCACUCUCUACUAUUUUCCACGUAAUAAUAUGUUUCUACUCCGUUUUAGCUAAAUAAUGUAUAUGUAGCUUAUAUGAAAAAAUGAUCAAAGAGAAGCAUUUAUGUUGGUGCCAAUAAUUUUAUUGAAUUUAUACCAUUUCAUUCAUUUCUUAAACCGUUCACCGAAAUGCUUUUAAUAUUAGUUUUCGUGAAAUGAUUGUAUAAUUUAUGCACGAUUCAUUUCUGAACAUAUCUGUAUAUUUCUUGACGGUGUAAUAUUUCGUAUGUGAGAACAUGUUCAUCAAGUCCAUGCUCAUUUAUUACUCGUGAACAUUUUCUGAAGUAUUAGCCUAGCUGCAAGCUUUAGUUUAAUGCUUUAGAAAAAACGUUUGGUAGCAAUUUUUAUUUAAUCAAUAAAAUUCUUAUUUAUGACCAAAACAUUAAAAUUAUUAUUAUGGGUUUAAUAAACGAUAUUCGUCAAAAAAAA